CAAAACAAGCUCUCGCUGAGCGAUCUUUCUGUGGUCCUGUCUAGCGCCUUGUGUUUCUCCAUCCUCCAGCAUGCACCAUCCGACUCCCAGUGGCACUAACGUGGGCUCCUCGGGGUGUUCUCCCAGCAAAGCAGUUGCCGCUCGGAUGGCGGGAUCCAUGGUCCGGCAGCGGAACAAUGCCAGCUGUGGAACAAGGAGCACAGGCCACACAACCUCAACAGGCACUGGGGGGAUGUGGCGAUUUUACGAAGAUUCACCCAGGCUUAAAGUUGGCCCUGUUCCAGUACUGGUUAUGAGUCUUCUGUUCAUCGUUUCUGCAUUUAUGUUGCACAUCUGGGGCAAGCACACUCAUUCGUAG